AUAAAUGUUAGCUAAGAUUAUUUGUAAUAUUGAUUUGAAUACUUGUCGUUGAAAUAAAAACAUGCGUGCGUUCACAAUAGUUUUGUUCAUGUGCAUUUGCAUUAUUGCAAGUACGUUUGCUGCUGUUGCCAUAAUUCCUGCUGAUAAAACUCCAGGUCAUCCUGGACACUGCAAUUCAGACCUGACCGGACCACUUGAAAAGGGUGAAACUAAACAAUUGAAGGACUGUACAAUUGGCGUUUGUAGUGACGAUGGUUCCAUCCAUCUUGAAUCAUGCUCUCCAUUUCAAGCUCCUGGAUGUGAAAUAGUCGAGGAUAAAGGUAAACCGUACCCCGACUGUUGUCCUAAACCAGUCUGCAAAAGCUCAUAAAAUAUGUUGAUGUUGAAGCCUUAAAAAAUAAAGAAAACUAUUAUUACAA